AUGGCGCAACACACACCACUGCUGUUCAUGCUUCUGAUAUGUACUCUAUCUGUCAGCACAUCGUUCCAACCCGCACUGGUGUUAGAAAUGGCCACAAUUCUUUUGGAAAACUACUGCUUCCCUGAGAACCUCGUUGGGAUGCAGGAAGCCAUUGAACAAGCCAUCAACAGCGGAGAGAUCCUGCAGAUUUCCGACCGGAAGACCUUGGCAUCUGUGCUCACAGUUGGAGUACAAGGGGCACUGAAUGAUCCACGGUUGACUGUGUCAUACGAGCCCAAUUUUGUCCCUGUGAUGCCACCAGCGCUGCCAUCUCUCCCGAUAGAGCAGCUGAUCUGGCUGGUGAGAAACUCUGUAAAGCUGGACAUACUGGAAAACAACGUUGGAUAUUUACGGAUAGAUCGGGUCAUUGGGCAGGAGACAACAGCAAAGCUCGGCUCUCUGCUGAGGGACAACAUCUGGGACAAAGUUGCUCAGACAUCCUCAUUAAUCUUGGACCUGAGGUAUAGCACAGCUGGAGAAUUGUCUGGAGUUCCCUUUAUAAUUUCCUUUUUCUCUGACCCUGAGCCUGUCAUUCAUAUUGAUACUGUGUAUGACAGGCCCUCGAAUUCAACCACGGAGCUGUGGACCAUGCCAUCGAUAAUGGGGGAAAGGUAUGGCAAGAAGAAAGAUGUGAUUAUUUUGACCAGCAAGCGUACCGUGGGGGCUGCUGAGGCAGUAGCAUACACAUUAAAAAACCUAAAGAGGGCCAUUACAGUUGGGGAAAGGACUGCGGGUGGGUCUUUAAAUGUCCAAAAGAUUAGGAUCCCUCAGUCUGAGUUCUACAUAACCGUUCCUGUGGCAAGAUCGGUUAGUCCAAUCACAGGCCAUAGCUGGGAAGUGAGUGGUGUUUCCCCAACAGUCAAUACCAACACCAAGGAUGCUGUCACAAAAGCCAAGUCCCUUCUGGCUAUCAGGAGCGCCAUUCCAAAAGUUAUGCAGAAGAUCUCAGACAUAAUCAGGAGGUACUAUGCUUUCACUGACAGAGUACCCGUUCUUAUUCAACAUCUGCAAUCUACAGAUAUAUUCUCUGUCGUAUCUGAGGAGGACCUGGCAGUCAGACUCAACCAGGACCUCCAGACUGUAUCAGAAGAUCCAAGGCUGGUCAUCAGAUACAUGAAAGACAAUGCUGCCAUUGUAGAAGAAGACCCUGCACUUGAUGAUGUUCCAGAUGAUUUGGAAUACUUGAAAGUAUUGGUAGAUGAAAUGAUCAAAGUGGAAAUUCUUCAACACAAUACUGGUUAUCUCCGUUUUGACAAAUUUGUCAAGUUGUCUGCAGGGUCUAAACUGGAAGAGCUCAUGGCUAAAAAGGUAUGGGAGCCACUCAAAGACACUAAUAACCUGAUUAUUGAUCUACGCUAUAAUGCUGGUGGAUCCUCUACCUCUCUAGCUCUUAUACUGUCCUAUCUGCAAGACACUUCCCAGAAACGUAACUUUUUCACAAUAUAUGACAAAAUUCAGAAUACAACAAAAGAAUAUGACUCCCUGCCCCAAAUUAUAGGACCAUCCUAUGGCUCCAAACGUGGGGUUUAUGUGUUGACCAGCUACGACACAGCAAGUGCCGGCGAAGAGUUUGCUUACCUGAUACAGUCACUCCAUCGUGGCACAGUCAUUGGGGAAAUUACAUCUGGUACUUUGAUGCACUCAAAGACAUUUCAAAUAGAGGGGACAGAUAUUGCCAUCACAGUCCCUUUCAUAAACUUUUUAGACAACAAUGGCGAGUGCUGGCUAGGAGGUGGUGUGGUUCCUGAUGCAAUUGUACUUGCUGAGGAAGCUGUAGAGCACGUUCAUGAGAUUGCAGCUUUUCACCAAGGGCUCGAGGUUCUCAUAGAGGAAACUGGGGAACUGGUAGAAAAACACUAUGCAAUCCAUGAAGUUGCACUAAAGGUCAGCAAGGUGCUCUCAAGCAAGCGGGCUGAGGGAUUGUACUGGCCAGUGGUUGACUUUGAAUCUUUGGCAUCCCAGUUGUCGGCAGACCUCCAAGAGAGUUCAGGCGAUCACCGCCUGCAUGUCUUCCACUGUGACGUCGAGCCAGAGUCACUUCAUGACGUCCCAAAGAUCCCUACUGCUGAAGAAGUGGGAUACAUAGUUGAUGCAUUGUUUAAAAUUGAGCUUCUCUCAGGUAACAUUGGCUAUCUAAGGUUUGACAUGAUGGCAGAUAUAGAGGUAGUAAAAGCCAUUGGGCCUCAGCUGAUAAAAUUAGUGUGGAGCAAGAUAAUCAACACAGAUGCCCUCAUUAUUGACAUGAGGUACAACACCGGUGGAUAUUCAACUGCAAUUCCCCUCUUGUGCACUUAUUUCUUUGAUGCUAAACCUUUGCGCCAUCUUUACACCGUCUUCGACCGCACCACAAACAAUAUGACAGAGGUCAUGACAUUGCCUCAAAUCAGAGGUCAACGGUAUGGGCCCUCCAAGGAUGUCUACAUCCUCACCAGCCACAUGACGGGGUCAGCCGCGGAAGUUUUUACUCGUUCCAUGAAGGACCUGAACAGGGCCACAAUCAUUGGAGAGCCAACGAUUGGAGGGUCUCUAUCAAGUGGAACCUAUCAGAUUGGGGACAGCGUCCUGUACGCUUCCAUACCAAACCAAGUUGUGUUAAGUGCAAUCACUGGGAAAGUGUGGAGCAUUUCAGGGGUUGAGCCUCAUGUUAUAGCCCAGGCAAGUGAUGCUCUUCCUGUGGCACAGAGAAUCAUAGCAGCAAGGCUGUUACAGAAAGAGCAAGGAAAAUAG